AUGUCGAUCGAUCAUGAUAAAACCAACUAUCUGUCCAAAUUCAAAUGGUUACGAAAAUUCGCGCCGUCGUACUCAGUUAAGGCGAAAAACAUCACGAUGUUGAAAAGCCCUGCUGAUUUCUAUCUUACACUUUUGGACCGAAGUCGUUCAGCGAAAAGCCGUAUCGUUAUAGUUUCUCUGUAUCUGGGUAUUGGGAGACUAGAGAAAGAGCUUAUAAAUACCAUAAAAAAUUCAAUGGAAAACAGAAAAGAAUUAAGUGUUAGAAUAUUAUUGGAUGCUAAUCGUGGGUCUAGAGGUGUAUUAAGCUCACGCACAAUGUUGAUGCCUAUACUGAAACCAUCGUUUGAUUGUCGUGUAUUUUUGUACCAUACCCCAAAAUUGAGAGGUAUUCUUCAGUGGCUCUUACCUGAGAGGUAUAAUGAAUUGAUUGGAAUACAACACAUGAAAUUAUACAUGUUUGAUGAUUCUAUAAUUAUCAGUGGAGCAAAUUUAAGUCAUGAUUACUUUACAAAUAGACAGGAUAGAUAUAUUCUUAUUGAAGAUUGCAAGCCAUUAGUAGAUUUUUACGUUGGAUUAAUUGAAGUGUUAGGCCGUAUGUCAUUUCAGUUAUCAAAUAAGAACACAUUAACAAUGGAUUCCUCUUGGAAACAUCAUCCAUAUAAAAGUACUUAUCAAACAUAUGCCUCGGAGGCUAAAAAAAAUGUGAUCAACUAUUAUGAUUCACAUAUGAAACGUCUAAAUUUUGAACAUAGUAAUGGUGAUACAUUGGUUUAUCCUCUAAUUGAAUUUCCACCAUUUGGAAUUCAUCAGGACAGUCAAACAACUAAUUUGCUUAUGAGUAAUGCUGAAGCUGGAUCGACUAUACAUUUGGCUACUGGAUAUUUCAACCUCCCAAACAUUUACAUGAAAACAAUUUUCCAUAAAUCAUUGGCCAAUUUUAACAUAUUGUUUUCCCAUCCAUUGGCUAAUUCAUUUCAACAAGCUAAAGGACCUGCUGGUUUUAUACCCAAUGCAUACAGUUAUCUCACAAAUUGUUUUUAUAAUAAAAUCCAAACCCUUAAACUUCAAGAACGUAUUACUUGUUUUGAAUACCAAAGAACUGGAUGGACAUUUCACUCCAAGGGUCUGUGGUACACUCCAAAAAAUUAUGAAUUUCCUGUUCUAACUGCUGUUGGAUCUUCCAAUUACGGUGCUAGAUCUUUGAACUGUGAUCUAGAAUCACAAUUGAUUAUCGUAACAAAUAACAAAUCACUACAGAAUAGUUUUCAUACAGAAAAAUAUGAUAUUUACAAAUCAACAUCGUUGUAUGUCCCUGAGAACGAAAUAUUUAAAACACCUCUUUGGAUACGACUUGUUUUAAGAGUGUUUAAAAAUUAUUUCUAG